AUGACUUCUGAAACAGAAUUUGGUUAUAUUGAAGAAGUUCAACCUGGUGAAUCAGUGACUACAAAAAAAUCUAGUUAUAAAGUAAUAAAAUUGUUAGGAGAAGGUGGAUAUGGAGCUGUUUAUAAAGUUCAAGAUUUAAAAGAUUCAAAUAAAAAUUGUUAUGCAAUGAAAAUAGAAAAAAAAGUUCCUAAUAGAGAGCAUCCAAAAUUAAAGAUGGAAGUUGCUAUAUUAAAAUUAUUAAAUUUGGAAAGAGGAGCACAAUCUCAUUUUGUAAGACUUGUUGAUAGAGCUAAAAAAUCUAACUAUUAUCUUAUUUUAAUGGAUCUUGUUGGUCCAAAUUUAUCAGAUUUAAGGCAUGCUAUGGCAAAAAAACAUUUCUCUCUUUCAACAGGUUUUCAUGUAGCAGUACAAUGUUUAGAAGGAUUAGAAGAUCUUCAUAAAUGUGGUUAUAUACAUAGAGAUGUGAAACCAUGUAAUUUUGCUUGUGGUGCAGGUACUAGAAAAAGAAUUGUUUAUCUUUUGGAUUUUGGUAUGGCUAGAAAAAUUGUUAAUGAAAAUGAUGAAGUUAAGUCACCAAGAGAAAGAUGUAGAUUUAAGGGAACUGUUAAAUUUGCUUCAUUAAAUGGUCAUAAAGGAUUUGAAUUAGGAAGAAAAGAUGAUAUUGAAUCAUGGUGUUAUAUGAUAGCUGAUUUGAUAAAUGAAAAUGGUUUACCAUGGAAAAAAAUUCAAGAUCGUCAUAAAGUUUUUGCUGCCAAACAAGCUAUUCGCCAAAAUUAUGAAGCACUUUUUUCUAACUUUAAAUUUUCCAAAGAUUAUGGAAAAGUUUUGGAAUAUGUAGAUAGUCUUUCUUAUCCAGAUAAAGUAGAUUAUUACUUUAUUUAUGAAAUGUUAAAAUUAAUGACUGAGACAGAAAGUAUUAAUUUAAAUACAACACUUGAUUGGGAAGUUUAA